AUGCGGUCUUUACCCGCAAUAGUGGGCGCCGCCCUGCUCCAGCAGCAGUUCCUGCAUGGCGUCAGUGCAACACCUGUCGCCAGCGGGCAUCAACAAGUCGUCAUUGGCUCUGAGGUCACAGAUACAGUCGCUCAAGAAGGGUCUCGACGUUUAAGCGGAAAGUUUCUACACAUUACUGACUUUCACCCCGAUCAAUUCUACAAAACUCACUCCUCUACCGAAGAAGGCGUCGCUUGCCAUUCGGGCGAUGGGCCUGCCGGCUACUAUGGAGCAGAAACGUCCGACUGUGACACGCCGUCUUCUCUCGUAAACGCGACUUUCGACUGGAUCGCCGCGAAUGUUGCAGCCGACAUCGAUUUCGUCAUCUGGACUGGCGACUCUGCGCGCCACGACAGCGAUGAGAGCAUUCCACGCAGCCCAAGCCAGGUGCUCGGCACAAAUCGGUGGAUCGCCGACAAGUUUGUGGAAACAUUUGGUGACCCGAAGGACCCCUCGAAAAUGGCAGUGCCUGUCAUCCCAACAUUUGGAAACAACGACAUACUACCGCAUAACAUUCUCCUUCCAGGUCCCAACAAGUGGUUAGGGUAUUAUGCCGAGAUCUGGAAGAGAUUUAUUCCCGAAGAGCAACGCCAUUCCUUCGAGUUUGGCGGCUGGUUCUAUACCGAGGUCAUUCCCAAAAAGCUCGCCGUCUUCAGUCUCAAUACUUUGUACUUCUUUGACCGGAAUGCCGGUAUCGAUGACUGCCAGCAGCCGUCCGAGCCAGGCUUUAAGCAAAUGGAAUGGCUUCGCGUGCAGCUGGAGUUUCUCCGCGAACGUGGUAUGAAGGCCAUCCUGAUGGGCCACGUGCCCCCGGCCCGGACCGACAGCAAGAAGAAUUGGGAUGAAACUUGCUGGCAAAAGUACAAUCUUUGGAUGCAGCAGUAUCGCGACGUUGUCGUCGGGUCGCUUUAUGGUCACAUGAAUAUUGACCACUUCAUCGUGCACGACACCAAGGAAAUUGACAUCAACAUCUUGGGUGGUUUUGCAGUUGACGAUGACUUCGGGCGCGAAGCUCUUGAGGAUGAACUUGAAAUUCAGUCGGCACAGGAUUACCUCACAGAGUUGCGGGAAGACUGGGCCAAGUUGCCAGCCGUCAACGUAAAAGCGCUCGAAAUGGAAGACAAUGUGGAAUCCGACGCCAAGGAAAAGAUGGACAAGAAGAAGAAGAAGAAGAAGAAGAAGAAAAAGCCAGGAAAGGACUUGGGCGGCAAGUACGCAGAGCGAUAUCAUCUCUCUCUUGUCGGCCCCAGUAUCGUCCCCAACUACUUCCCCACACUCCGUGUCGUGGCGUACAACAUUUCCGGCCUCGAGGACGCAGCGGUCUGGACAGACUCGUUCACCGAUGCCUUGCCGGCUCUAUCGCUCCCGACAGACGACGACCCCGUUCACGAGGAUCUGCAGCGCGAAAUCGACGCCGCCAGGAAGAAGAGGGGCAACAAAGGCAAGAAGGGAAAGAAGCCAACCAAACCCAAGGACCCCAACUUGGUCAUCCCGCAACCGCCGCCCGCAGGGUCCGGCCCUGGUCCGGCUUACGCACCUCAGACCCUGACCUUCCUUGGAUACACCCAGUAUUUUGCGAACCUGACCUAUCUCAACAACGACAUGACGCAUGACAGCAAGGACGCAUCCGGGAACAAGUGGCGCGACGGCAUCCACAAGGACAAGGAUCCCAAGUCCAAGAAGCCCAAGCCGCGCCCUUUCGCGUUCGAGGUCGAGUACAGCACCUUUACCGACAAGAUUUACAAGCUAUCGGACUUGACCGUUCGUAGUUACGUCAAGCUGGCGAACCGCAUCGCCAAGGAGAAUGCCAAGGGCAAAGUGCUCGCCGAAGACUUGGAAGGCGAUGAUGAAGAUGUAGAGGAGGAAGAUGCAUUGGAAGACCAGAAGGAGCUGACAGAAGAUGAAGAACAUGAUGAAGACAACGCCGACGAUGACGAUGAUGAUGAAGACGUAGAAACAGAGAAGAAGGGGAAGAAGGGCAAGAAGGGAAAGAAGGGAAAGAAGAAGAAGAAGAAGAAGAAGCACAAUAAGGUAUGGCUUCAUUUCCUGAAGCAUGCGUUCGUCAAGACGGUGCCCCAGAAGAAAUUGAAGAAGUUUUAG